UGCAAAACCAGCUCAACAUGCCGCCGAAGUUCGUCCCUCGACAGCGCAAACACAAGGUGAUAGCGCGACGAAAGCAAUCACAGAGCAACGAUGUCGACGCCAACACAGCAGAAAUUCUUCCCGAGGAGGAACGUAUUCGAGCGGACAAGAAGAAUGCGCUGAAGGCGGACUUGCUGCGAGAAACGCAGGGCAAAAUAAGCGGGAAGAAGAAGAAGCGACUCGAUAAAUAUGUUGAUACCAAGCUCAAGCAAGAGGAGAACCGUGAGCUGCUGAAGAAGCUCGCUUCGCAAAAGGUCGACACUAGCUUGUUCCAGAGCUCCAAGAAACUAGGAAGCGGAGCAGGUUCCAAGAGGGAAAUCCUGAGGAGAGCGCUGGCCGAAAGCAGAGCUGGGAUAGAUAUUGAAAAGAACGAAGGCCUCCUGCUGGAGGAACGCGAUCUACAUGAGCCGGCAUCCGAAAGCGACGAUGCACCAACCACCGGUACGCAGUCGGUGCCAAAACCGAAUCCCACCUCGAAACCCACGUCCCGCAUACGAGAUCGAUCAUCCCCAGAAUCUUCGCAGCAAGCCGAUACUACAGCGCCGAUACCUGAGCCCUCUGCGACAUCGUUACCGGCUACUGGGCUGUUUGGAACUGGACUGAAGCGGCCGUUAGAAGUGGAUGAGUCUGGUAAACCUGUCAUACAAGUACGAAAACGUAGAAAGGCAGCAUCUAAGCCGGUCGUGAUCGAGCAAGAGGUGCAAUGGGAAGGCUUCAGUGCAGGCGAGGAAGACGAGGAGUCAGAAGAAGAGAACAUCGAAGGAUCUGAGUCUUCCAGCGCAGAGUCAAGAGGAUCUGACCCUGGUUCUGAUGAGGAAGAUAUAUCGGCAUCCGACCCUGGAGACUCAGAGGGCUCGGAAGAGGAGGGCUUAGAGGACGAGAGCGACGACGAGAGCGAGACCAGUUUCGAUGAAGAUGCUAAGGUGGCGAAAAAGGAAAGAACGUCAGCUUUCAAAGCUUGGGCAACGCAGCAAAGAAACGAUGCAAUAGGAUUCGUUCCAACUAAUAAUCUCUCACAGGCGGUAGCACCGAAGCCCGCAAACUUCAAGCCUCGAGCGCCUGAGCAGGAUCCGCUACCACCAGAGCUGGAAACGAAUACUGCCACCGAUGCAACAAGAAAGGCAUUCAGCGUCAACGUCGAUCGUUCGCCCGAGAUACAAGAGUCAAGAUUACAGCUUCCAAUUGUAGCCGAGGAACAAAAGAUCAUGGAGGCGAUACACAAUAAUGACGUGGUAGUCGUCUGGGGAGCUACAGGUAGCGGCAAAACCACACAAGUACCGCAGUUCCUCUACGAGGCAGGAUACGGUGCAGCAGACGGACCCACACCUGGUAUGAUUGGAGUCACCCAACCGCGACGUGUGGCUGCAGUCAGCAUGUCUAAACGUGUUGGAGACGAGCUUGGCGAUCAAAGCACCAAGGUGGCCUACCAGAUACGCUUCGACACAUCUACGAGUGCCAAAACCGCCAUCAAAUUUAUGACAGACGGAGUGCUCUUACGAGAGAUCACUCAAGACUUCGUACUAACCAAGUACUCUGCGAUCGUCAUCGAUGAGGCCCACGAGCGCAGUGUGAACACGGACAUUUUGAUUGGCAUGUUGAGCCGAAUCGUAGACCUUCGAGCGCAAAUGACCAAGGAGGAUCCGAAGGUUAAGCCUCUUAAACUGAUCAUUAUGUCUGCAACCCUACGCAUAUCGGAUUUCACGGAGAACAAGCAGCUAUUUAGGAGUGAGCCUCCGCCAUUGAUCAAGGCAGAAGGCCGACAAUACACCGUCACAAACCACUUCGCUCGACGCACUCAGCGGGACUACGCUGAGGAAAUGUACCGCAAAGUGUGCAGAGGACACCGCAAAUUGCCGAAGGGUGGUAUGCUUAUAUUUCUCACUGGCCAAAACGAGAUCUCACAUCUGGCGAAACAGUUGAAGCAGGCCUUCUCCUCAACACAGGGCCAAGAAGCAAAGGCUGGGAAGGUCUUGAUCUCCCCAGCUGACACACCGUUGGAAACAGAAGACAUCGAGCUAGGGUCUAGUGCGAACAACUUCGAAGACGAAGAUGGAUCGGACUCUGAAGACUCAAUCAUAAUGGGACUCGACAACGAAGAUGACAAGGAGUUCGAAAUUGAAGACGAGAAACCAGAGGAAACUGUCAUGAAUGUGCACGUGCUACCUCUCUACUCUCAGCUACCGACAAACCAGCAAUUACGCGUAUUCGACCCCCCACCGGAUGGCUCUCGCCUCAUCGUUCUCGCGACGAACGUCGCAGAGACUAGUUUAACCAUCCCCGGUAUCCGAUACGUCUUUGACUGUGGAAGAGCGAAGGAAAAGAAAUACGAUCUCGUGACUGGCGUGCAGAGCUUCGAAGUCGGCUGGAUUAGCAAAGCGAGCGCCAAUCAGAGGUCCGGUCGUGCGGGUCGCACUGGGCCUGGUCAUUGCUAUCGCCUGUACUCUUCUGCUGUCUUCGAGCGGGAUUUCGAGGAGUAUGCCGCUCCAGAGAUCUCGCGGACCCCACUAGAGGGCGUGGUGUUGCAGUUGAAGAGUAUGGGUGCUCCGGUUGUCAACUUCCCGUUUCCAACCCCACCCGACCGGGAGAGUCUACGGAGAGCUGAGAAUCUGCUCUCAUAUCUGGGCGCGUUAUCUCCAGAUGGAAAUGUCACGAAGCUUGGUCAUGAGCUAUCACUAUACCCUCUUAAUCCCCGGUUCGCUCGCAUGGUGGCCAUGGGUGUUGCGCAGAGUUUGACUGCUCAGACUAUCGCCCUAGUAGCCGCACUCUCUGUACCAGAACUCAUCAUCCCAGAGAACAAGCUUGGGUUACGAGAGCCACCGAAGAAUCCUGACCCAGAAGCUAUCCGCACCGAGCAAGACAAUGUCGAAGCCGAAGAGCGCUCCUACCUCCGAAAAGCCUACAACGCCGCACAAGCAAAGUUAGGCGUCAACGCAAAGCAGAGUGACUGCAUUAAAUUCAGCAAUGCUGUCUGUGCUUACGCCUACGAGCCAGACUCGCAGCGCUUCUGCGAAGACAUGUUCCUCAAUGCCAAAGCCAUGAACGAAGCUAGCCAGCUCCGUCAACAGCUCACCAAUAUCGUCCGCGCACAUCGACCAACCGCUAUCGGAUCGUACAACGCAAAGCUACCUGCGCCGUCGGAGCGGAACCUCAACCUCCUCACGCAGAUCUGCGCAGCAGGGUUCAUCGACCAGAUCGCAAUGCGUGCAGAUCUCGCACCCGUACCACCCGAGCUUUCAAGGAAACCGAAGACAGCCAUCGACGUCCCAUAUGUCACAUUAUUCUCCUCGAACACAGCGCGCUCAGACGAUCCAAACGAGAACUAUGUCUUCCUGCACCCUUCCUCGCUCCUCGCACGUACUCCGCCCGCGAAACUUCCUGGUUACAUCGUCUAUAGCCACCUACAGCGUGCAACUUCGUCGACUAUCAACGGUACCAGGACACCGAAAACGCGUAUGCAUCCCUUAACGCCUGUGACAAGACCACAGAUCAUCAACAUCGCUUUGAAUACGCCGCUCCUGCAGCCAAGUAAGCCCAAGGGCAAAAUUGCAGAACUGCCACGCCAGAGCGGAGUGCCUGACAAGCGCGAGUGCGAGGUGGAAUUGAGCCUCAUGGGCGAGAAAGGUAGCCAAGGUUGGGGGCUGGGUGUGAGGCGAGUACUGCAACGAAAGGAAGCUAGUGGGAGGUGGGUUAUUGAAAAGAUUCUCGGGUAGAUCUAGUGCUUGAUGGCUUCGUGCCUCUUUGUAGUUUCAGGUUUGGAAAUAGAGAAGGGUUGUGGGAGUCUAACGUCGAGCGUCUGUGGUGUAGAGCUCGGGCGGGAAAAUAUGUUGAAUUGAAAGAUACCCUAUUCUCCGAGAUCUAUGUAUUGCCAUUUCGUUCUUCUUUUGUCCCAUCUCAAAUUUCAAG